GCAAAUAAUUACGUCACGUCCGACUUCCCCCUCCGCUACUUCCUGCAUGUGCCGACAAUAUGGCAGCGCCCACAGCGAUUCACCUGGAGUUUGGUGGUGGAGCAGAGCUACUAUUUAAUGGUGUGAAGGAACAUCAUGUGACUCUUCCAAGCCAAUCCGAGCCUUGGGACAUGAAGCAGCUGCUGGUCUGGAUCCAACGGAACCUGCUGAAGGAACGGCCCGAGCUCUUUGUCCAUGGAGACUCUGUGAGACCUGGGAUUCUGGUGCUUAUCAAUGAUGCAGACUGGGAGCUAAUGGGGGAGCUGGACUACCAACUACAAGACCAAGACAACAUUGUGUUUAUUUCUACUCUUCAUGGAGGAUAGAAAAUGAAUUAAGGAAUACAAACAUAUCCUUGACAUCUCUGUAACUACCUUUUCACCACAUCCUCUGCACUCUUUCACCCCCCGCCCCCCCACAUCUCAGCAACACGCCACCCCAUUGGACGCUGGGGAUGAACCGUGACAUCUGAGGUGAUUGAUGUCGGACCGCAGGAAUGAGUGGAAAUUCAGAGAUGGUUACCAAGAAAAAUGUGGAAACUGUGAGAGGAAUUCUGUGGACACUUGCCAAAAUAUAAAUACCAACAUUUUUUAAAAUCAAACUGGACAAGUUUAAAGGGCAGUCACAGGAAGCUCUGGUUGUACUGGUCAACUCACAGGUGUGUAAAUACCACAGCUGGCGUGUAAACCUUAAUCUCCCUGCAUCCUCUCCUCCAGCAUGUGAAGCUGUGAAAGACAAAAUGACCUUAUCUUGGGGUCUAAUGACCUUCAGUUCACGAGAAUAUAAAAGAAAAGGUAGCACUUUACUUCAACCCCCCUAAUUAGCAUUUCUAGGCAGUAUAUAAACAUUUAAUAAAUUCAUAACACACUGUAAUGCAGUUGUAAGCAGGUAUGAGUACAUUUUAAGUGUUUAUUCAUGUAUUUGUCAACAAUUAUAACUUCCCCUAUGAAGACAUAUUUUAUAUAAUUCUAACUGCUCAUUCAUUAUUUGUUUAUACACCAGCAACCAGUUAUGGAUGCUUCACAUGUGGGGUUACAGUUGUUGACAAUAAACAAUUCAAAAUAUACAUCUGCUUACUAUAAACAAUGUAUUAAAUGUAAAUAUAGUGCUUAGAAAUGCUAAUUAGGGGGUUCAAAUGAAGUGUUAA